AUGGCUACUGCUCAACUUGGAUUUUCGUUUAAUUCAUCACAAUUUUUAUCAGAAAUGUUCCGAUCUAUGUUUCCUGAUAGUCAAAUUGCUGUUGAUUAUUCAUUACGUGAACGAAAAUUAUCUUAUGUUAUUUCACAUGGAACUGGUUAUUAUUUCACCAAUGAAUUGAUUAAAGAUGUACGUAAAGCUUAUGGGUUUUCGUUGCUUUUUGAUGAAACAAGUAUUGCCGGUGUUCGUAAACAAUUGGAUAUUUUUUUUCGAUAUUGGUCAGAAGCUAAAAAUUGUAUAUGUGUUCGAUUUUACAAAAGCAUCAUUCUUGGUCAUGUUACCGCUGAUAUUAUUUCUCGAUCUAUUAUUGAUUCAUUGAAAGCUGAUGGAAUCGAUAUUACAAAAAUGUUGAUGCUUGAAUUGAUUAAAUCAUUACCAAUAAAAAAUGAUUUUUUACGACAUUUGCAAUGUCUUCAACCUUCAGCACGAAAAGAACAAUUUUCUAGAACCAGUAUCAUGUAUCUUGCACGAAAUCUUCCACAUUUAUUAACCAAUGAAGAAGUGGAUCGAGUUGGUGCUGAAUGGCGUGUUUAUGAAAUGGCUGAUACAUCUGAAGAUUGGAUUAAAAACAAGUACCAAUUCGUUGAACAACGUUGUUGA